CAGUACAACUUGGUACGAAUUUAAAACAUAGUGCUAUGAGCCAGACUAGAAAUAUUAUUAUUCCUGCUCAUAUAGUAUUUGAUGAAAAUUGGUCAUUUGCUAAUGGGCACCUAACAGAUCGAUUACCUAAUGCACCAAAUACUAAUACUGAACAAACUAUCAUAGCAGAUGGAAUUCGACUUGGCCAGACAAUAUACUAG